AUGGCCAUAGUCAAAUUGAUCAAAGAUUUGGCGGCUGCAAAGACAGCGGCAUCCUACGAUACCGAUCUAUGGAUUCGUUUACACGAGCCUGGCCGAUUUAUUGGAAUAUGGGACGAUGUUGGCGCAUCAUUCAGCCAGACCGAUGCCUGGGAGCCAUUCUCCCUUCGGAACACUGUCAAGGCCAAUGAUGACAACAAUGCCCGAUUAGAGUCAUUAAUGAGUGCACUUCCACCCCAGGCGGAUGGAGUGGCUCGAGUAUUUCUCCAGGAGCUUUUUGACGAUGACGUUCGCGACAAUGACUCCACAUCCGGAAUGGACUUCCCGUACAAGUUCCCUCCUCUUAGGAUCGCUACUGUGGGCUUCUUGUCGUUGAUUAGCAACCAAUAUUGGGCCUCACCACUUCGAUAG